AUGAAACAUGAUUAUGAAUCAAAGAGUAAGUUGGUUGAAUUUUGUCGAACACAAUAUGCUGACAAUAUUCUUCAAUUGGGUUUAAUCGAUGAAUUUGAACAAGAAUAUAAUAAUGCUUUAGCCAUUGAAUGGUAUACAAAAGAAUCAUUUCUUUAUGUAAUGUUAAAUCGAGCUUUGCGAAAUCAAGAUAUUGAAACGAUCAUGAAAAUGGGAUUCUUUCUACAGGAUCUUCAUCAACGAAUUGCAGACAUGCAUAUUAAACAAUCAGAAACUCGUGAUAGUAAUAGAUUUAUUGUUUACCGAGGACAGGGUAUUAUGCCUGAUGAAAUAGAAAAGAUACAAACAAGUCAAGGUGGUCUUCUUUCUUUCAAUAGUUUCUUGUCGACGACUCUCGAUGAAAAAGUUUCACUUCACUUCGCAGAACAAGCAUACAAAAAUCCAAAUGUUAUCGCAGUUUUAUUUCACAUGGAGAUUAAUCCUAAGAUCUCAUCGGUUCCAUUUGCUUUUAUUGAUAAACAGAGUGCAUUUAAAUACGAGAGUGAAAUUCUUUUUUCUAUGCAUACCGUUUUUCGAAUUAUGGGCGCUCAAAAACUUAAGGAGAGGUUUUGGCAAGUCAAUUUAGCCUCGACAAGUGAUAAUGAUGAACAACUCAAAAUGCUUACUGAUUAUUUUCGAAAAGAGAUUGAAGGAAGUACUGCUUGGGAACGAUUGGGCCAUUUGAUGCUUAAAAUGGGAGAAUUUAGUCAGGCUGAAGAAUUAUAUGCACCACAGCUUGAUGCGACAGAUGAAAAGAAUGGGCGAAAUCAUGCUCAUCUCAAUAACCAACUUGGAUAUAUCUACAGUCAGAAAGAUGACUAUAAAACCGCACUUUCAUAUUAUGAAAAGACACUCAAAGUGGAGCUGGAAUUUCUUCCUCCAGACGAUUCUUCGCUUGCUGUGACCUAUAAUAAUAUAGCAACAGUACAGAAUUUAAUGGGAUACUAUUCAUCUGCACUUUCGUCGUAUGAAAAAGCACUUGAGAUAGAAGACAAAUCUCUUCCUCCUGAUCAUUCUACAUUAGCUACAACCUACAGCAACAUCGGUUUAGUGCAUAAAACUUUAGCAGACUUUAAGAGUGCACUUUCAUUUUAUCAAAAGGCGCUUGAAAUUCGAAAAAAAACACUUCCACCUAAUCAUCCAGAUUUUGGAAUUAUAUACAGUAAUAUUGGCGGACUACAUCAAGACAUGGGAGACUAUUCAGCUGCUCUCAAAUUAUAUCAACAGGCACUUGAUCUUCGAGAAAAUAUCUGCCACCGAAGCAUCCAAAUUUGGCUACAAGCUACGGCGUGUGAAAUUCGAGAAUCAUCUCUUCCUUCUAAUCAUCCAGAUAAAGCCAACAGCUACAAUUGCAUUGGUUCAGUAUAUAAUUCGAUGGAUGAUUAUUCGAAUGCCCUUUCAUGGUUUGAAAAAGCACUCGAAAUUCAAAAGCAAGCUUUUCCAGAAAACCAUCCAGCUUUUGCUAAUACUUACAAUAACUUUGGUUCGGUUUAUAGUUCGAUGGGAGAAAAAUCAACUGCUCUAUCAUACUAUCAAAAAGCGCUAGAAAUUCGAGAACUCUCACUUCCUCCAAACCAUCCUGAUAUAGCUACUAGAUACAAUAACCUUGGUACAAUCUAUAGCACUAUGAGAGAUAAACAAAAAGCUUUAUCGUCCUAUGAAAAGUCACUCGAAAUCGAACGAACUUCUCUUCCUCCAAAUCAUCCGACGUUUGUUACUACAUACAAUAAUAUUGGUUUAGUUCACCAAUCAAUGAACGAUUACUCUACUGCACUUUCUUUUUAUCAAAAAGCAUACGAAAUCUGUGAAACAAAUGCUCAACUCAGUGAAUCCGAUGAAGCAGCUAUGACUUAUAAUAAAAUGGGAUCAGCGCAUCAUUCAAUGAAACAGUAUUCUACUGCUCUAUCAUUUUUCGAAAAAGCACUUGAAAUACAAAGUAAAUCUCCUAAUCCUAAGAUUCGUAAUUUGGCUAUUACGUACAGUAACAUGGGUUUAACCUAUCACGAGAUGAAUGAUCAUCAAAAGGCACUUUUAUAUUAUGAAAAAGCACUUGAAAUUGAACAGAAAAUGUUUCCUGACGAUCAUUGCGAUUUGGCUACUUCAUACAGUAAUAUUGGAUUAGUAUAUGAUUCGAUGAAAGAUUAUACACAAGCACUUUCAUUUCAUGAGAAAGCACUUGUUAUUCGAAAGAAAAAGAUGUCUUCUGAUGAUUUAACACUUGCUUCAACUUAUAACAACAUUGCUUCAACAUAUUAUGAAAUGGAAGACUACUCGAAUGCGAUCUCAUUGUACAACAAAUCACUUCGCAUUCGUGAAAAAUCUCUCGCUACCAAUGAUCCAAUUCUAGCAACUACCUACAAUAAUAUCGCAGUUGCUUAUAAGUUAAUGGAAGAUCAUAUCAAUGCACUUGCAUUUUAUGAAAAGUCACUAGCUAUUCGAGAACAUUCUCUUACAGGUAAUGAUCCAACAUUAGCUGCAAUCUAUAGUAGCAUGGGAUCAAUAUAUUAUUCAAUGAACAAUCAUUCGAAUGCUGUUAUGUUUUACAAGAAAGCCAUUGCAAUUGAAGAGCAGUCGUUAACUCAAGACUAUUCAUCAUUGGCAACGAAUUACUACAACAUUGCUGUCGCUUAUAGUUCAAUGAAUGAUGAAUCAAACGCUCUUCUUUUUUAUCAAAAGGCGCUUGAAAUUCGACUAAACAAGCUUCCAAUUGAUGAUCCAUCUUUGGCGAAACUCUAUACUAGCAUUGCAUCUCUACAUUAUUCGAUGAAUGAUUAUCCAAAUAGCGUUCAAUUUUAUAAGAAAUCAAUUGAGAUUCGUGAAAAAUCGUCGUCUACAGAUGAUCUCGAAUUAGCAACCAAUUAUAACAACAUUGCUGUUACUUGUAAAGCAAUGGAUGACCUCACAAAUGCUCUGGUAUAUUAUGAAAAAGCACUCGCGAUUCGAGCUCAAAGACUUCCACCAAGUGAUCCACUAUUGGUUCCACUUUAUAGCAGUAUUGGAUCGAUACAUUCAUCAAACGGCAACAAAUUAGCUUCGGUUGAAUUUUAUGAGAAAUCACUUAAAAUCCAGGAAACAUUACCCUCUCCUAAUUAUUCGUCGAUGUCUGUGAUGUAUUACAAUACAGCCAUAGCUUAUGAAGGUCUUCAAAACUACGAAGCAGCUCUCAAACAUGCUGAGCGUUCUGUCGAAACUGCUCGCUUAGCUUUUGGUCCUGACCAUUCGGAAGUGAAGGAAAAUCAAAUGUUGGUGGAUAGACUUCGUAAUAAACAAUGA